CUUAACAAUAAAUGUGGUCCACAGAUGGAUCCAACAAAGGGGAUCAUGAAGAGCUGCUGCAUCCACUGGCUGAAGAUGACUCAACCUUUGUGGAUAUUUAUGGAUGUUUAUUGUUUCCCACAUAACAUUUAAAGCAGGUUUCUCUCCCCCCUCCGGCCGCGUCUUCCUUUUCGGAAGAAGGAAGAGAAGGGCGAUGGCCGCCGGGGGAGCAGCAGCAGGAGGAUGCGGAGACACGGUGGAGCAGUGCCGAGCCGAGGUAGAGCGUUUGAGCCGGGAGCUGGCGGAGGCCAACCGCGAGAAGAUCCGGGCGGCGGAGUGCGGGCUGGCGGUCCUGGAGGAGAACCAGAGCUUGAAGCAGCAGUACGCCGAGCUAGAGGCCGAGCAGGAAGCUCUGAGGCUGGAGCUGGAGCAGCUGCAGGAGGUGGGAACAACAGCGGCAUUUGGCCAGGCCUACUCCGCCCAGCGUAAGGUGGCUGAAGACGGCGAGACCAACGAGGAGACGCUGCUACAGGAGUCUGCCACCAAGGAAGCCUACUACAUAGGCCGGCUCCUGGAGCUCCAGGCCGAGCUCAAACACAGCCGGGCCACUGCUGCCAAUGCGCAGGCUGACAAUGAGCACCUGAGCAGCCUCCUGCAGGAGGUGCGGGAGAGCAACGAGAUGUUGGAACUGCAGCGCAGCCGCAUGCGAGAAGAGAUCGGGGAGUACAAGUUUCGAGAGUUGACGCUGACACAGGACUACACUGAGCUGGAAGAGGAGAACAUCUCCCUGCAGAAACUCGUUUCUACCCUCAAGCAGAAUCAGGUGGAAUAUGAAGGCUUGAAACAUGAGAUCAAGGUUUUGGAGGAGGAGACAGAGGUCCUGGACAACCAGCUACGGGAUGCUCUGCGUUUGAAGGACAUCUCUGACUCGCAUCUGGAAGAGGCACUGGAGUCUCUGAAGAGUGAGCGUGAGCAGAAGAAACACCUGCGCAGGGAGCUGGUUCACCAUCUGAGCAUGUGUGACGUAGCCUACACUGGCAGCGCGCACCUGACCUUCACCUCCGCCCCACCCAGCGGCACGGCUACCCCGACCACACUGCUCUCACCAACUGCAGAAGAGUCAACGAGGUGUAAUGGCCAUGUCCAAGGUGCGACACGGUUGCUGACAGCUACAGGGUCGGCGACCGGGGCUAACAGCGGCGCAGGUCGAAAAGCUGAGGGUGUGACAUCGUCUGACCUUUUCAGCGAAAUUAACCUGACAGAGGUUCAGAAGCUCAAACAACAACUGUUGACAGUGGAACGUGAGAAAGUGGCACUGAUGACCAGCUUACAGGAGUCCCAGACUCAGCUCCAGCACACCCAGGGGGCUCUGACUGAACAGCACGAGAAGGCCCUGCGUCUCAGUCAAAAGGUCAGUGCCCUCUGCUGUGGGCAGCAAGUUGCACAAACCAGUACGGCCUCUCAGCUUUACCCUGAGGACCUUUUGGAACUUGCCAAAGCUGAAGAUGAAGAAAAUGAGGUUGACAAGCUUGGGAAAACGGACGAUAGGUUGACAUUUGCACACCAGUCACCGGGUUUGGAGAUCCUGCAGUGCAAAUACGAGGUGGCUGUGACUGAGGUGGUUGAGCUCAAGUCAGAAGUGAAAGCUCUGCGAGGCAGAUUGGCUCAAUGUGGGGAAGGCGCGGCGCAGGAGAAGUCAAGAGGAUAUGCUCAGCUACAGAAACUAGAGAGGCAGGUGACCUCGCUAGAAAAGAGCUGCCAGGAGGGAAAGGAGAAGGUUUCUAGUUUGGAGACUGAGUUGCAGGAAGCUCAGUCUGCAGUCAGUGAGAGUCAAGGGGCUCUGAAUGCAGCUCAGGAUGAACUGGUCAUGCUGAGUGAAGAGCUCGCCCAGCUCUAUCAUCAUGUCUGCCUGUGCAACAACGAGACACCCAACCGUGUCAUGCUGGACUACUACAGACAAGGCAGAGGGCUCAGGGGCCUUUGUGCCAGUCUCAAAGCCAUGUCGUCAGACAACAGCAAAGUUCUCCUCACGCCACGCCUUGCCAGGAGACUGGCCGCCGCCGCCACAACCUCAACUUCUGGAGAGUCACGGAGCCCCUCAGAGUCUCCGUCCAAAGAGCCCCUAUCUGGAGGGGGUAAGGAGGGGGACAAGUCAGAGCAAAGCCUGACUUCCUGCACGCCUCCAACUCGCUCACCCAGCAUCAGUGCCUCGUCAUCGUCCUCAUCAUCAUCAUCACCUGCCUUGGAACCAGCCAGUGAGCUGCGCAGAGAGCCCAUGAACGUCUACAACCUCAACGCCAUCAUCAGAGACCAGGUGAAGCACCUCCAGCAGGCAGUGGACAGGUCUUUGCAGCUGUCAAGGCAGAGAGCUGCAGCCAGGGAGCUGGCUCCUUUGCUUGACAAGGACAAGGAAAGCUGCAUGGAGGAGAUCCUAAAGCUCAAGUCACUGCUUAGCACUAAAAGAGAGCAAAUAGCCACGCUCAGGCUGGUCCUCAAAGCUAACAAGCAGACAGCAGAGGUGGCGCUUACCAACCUGAAGAGCAAGUACGAGGCAGAGAAGUCAAUGGUGACCGACACAAUGAUGAAGCUUAGGAACGAGCUGAAGGCCCUGAAAGAGGAUGCCGCCACGUUCUCUUCUCUACGAGCAAUGUUCGCCACCAGGUGCGACGAGUAUGUAACCCAGCUGGAUGAGAUGCAGAGACAGCUGGCAGCUGCUGAGGAUGAAAAGAAGACACUGAACUCUCUCCUGCGAAUGGCCAUCCAGCAAAAACUGGCCCUCACCCAGCGUCUUGAGGACUUGGCCUUCGAUCAAGAGCAAACACACCGCAAUCGUGGGAGCAGGUUGACCCGCAGGAAGUCCACUCCUUCCAAAGUAAGUAUCCCAGCCUCAGCUUUGACCACUGACCUGGCAAAAGGUUCCAGUGCAGCUUUGGUUCCCAGUAGUCCCUCCGCAUCCUGCCUUACUAGUUCAACUGAGUCUGAAGAUCCUGCUACCACAUCCACGGCAGGUGCCACAGCCUCGGGCUCACCUGAGUCACGCAUACUCCCUCGCAGUCCGUCAUCACCAACCAUUGCCUCGCCACCUCAACCUUUAGAGGCCCCGUCCUCAACCCCUAAGGGGCUGACUUCCUCCAAGUGGACCCUCGGUGUGCGAACUUUUGCGAUUGACUCCUAUAGUUUCAACAUUUCUUCUCCUUUUUCCCGUAGUUCGGGGGCUUCAAGACAUGUCACCCCAGAUACCCAAACCACACCCAAGCCUAACCAGACAGGCUCUGCCCCUUCCUCUCCCUAUCGUUCCACAAUGCUGGGGCUUCGGCGCCCCUUGUGGAGCCCCUCAACCCGAACUCGUCCCUUCUCCAGACUGACGGGAACUUCAGUACAUCACACUGCCUCCUCACCCUCUCCUUACUCCUCUUCACAUCCCGGACCUUCCCCCCACAGUUAUUCAUCCACCUACUACAGCUCUUCUGGCACUACAUCCUACAGCCACUCUACCCACUACACUCCUCUCUACCCCAGAUACCAUGGUUCCUACCGGCCUCGACACUGACUCCUAAAAUCUUUGUGUUGCUGUGAAACAUCCACCUAUCUUCUCUUUCCGGAACCUGAGAGAGUGGGAGCACAGUUUCCUGGUUCCUUGGCCAAUGGAUUCUUAUAUAUAUAUAAUAACAUUUCUCAGGGAUUUGAUAUGAGGAGCACAAGUGGCCCUACCCUCCCUUUAUUCCGCAAUGACUGAUUGGCGGUCCAGAAGAGCACAUUAUAGCGGAACCCGUUUAUGUCGACAACCCGUGUAAGUUGAACAACUCGUCAAGUCCUGAUCGACCGGGUUCUUGUCAUUACUAAAAAGUGUCCGCUUCAGUCAGUGUCAACAUACGUGAUCGGACCGCUUUUGUCUGCAUAAAAUUUGAGAUGCAAAGGGAUCAUUUAUAUGAAAAAUAAAUUGUUCUGUUUAUGUUGACACAUGUUGUCGUAUUAUUAACUUCAUCAUGAUCGCUCACGUGUUUUUGCAAAAAUGGAAUUGUGGCUACAUCAAAAUGGACUAACCUUCAGAGUUUCGGCGUAGGACCAACGGUGCUUUCUUCUUUCGUGGCAGACUUUUCCACCAUUCACAAAAAUGUUAUUUUGCACAAAUUGAGGACAACGAUGUCAACAAACUGCCGUAGGUUUCCAUUCUCCUUAUGUCUCUGGCCAAAGUCACAAGUAAAUGUGCAAGCAAUGGCUAGUUUCGGUUAUAUCGACGUGAGUCAGCCAAUCUGAGGAAUGUGGAGUCGAGCGGGUUCCACUGUAAUAGACUUUUAAUCGAUGAAUGUUUUUAGUAUUUAGCGACUAAGUUUACAACACACAUGGGAGGAACACAAAUAAUAUUGAAUGGACUUUUUGUAGUAGUAUAGUACUUUAUAGUACUUUAUUAAUCCCACAUUUUGUUGGAAAGUGUGAACACGGGCCAUGAUACAUGUAUUCUCCAUUUUCAGUGGUAUUGAGGCUCACAUUCUGUAUCCACCAGGGGUGGGAAAUAGAGCAAAUUUUGGUAUCAAGCCAAUACCAAGUAAAUACAAGGCUAGUAUCAUAGAUACCAAUACCAGUCAUUUUUAUUUGAACAUUUUUCAAGACCAUUGAAUGAUUUUGUGAUUUUUUUUCCAUGUAAUUUGUUGUUCAUGACUGUAAUCACAAUAAAACACAGGACAAAGAUUUUAGCCAAAAAAAAUAUUGUUUUCCGCAAACUUAUUUGCGAACAAAAUACAACAAUAUAGACAAUACAAGUAUUCCCUUUUAUUAUAUAGAAUUGUUAAUAAGUCGAAUAUAUACUGUAAAAUAUACGUAUAUAUAAAUAAAUGAAUAUUAUUUAUAAAUAAAAAUAUCUAAAAUGAAUAGUGCAAAAUAAGUAGACAAAAGCAAAACUCUCAUUCAAAUGCUUUGGCUUUUCCCCCCGAAGCCCUCCUGUGUCCAAAAACAAAUUUCCUUAGUUUGUAAAAGUAAAUAAUAUAUAUAAAUAGAACAAUAUCAUCAAUGUAACAAUGUGAACAACACAAGACAAUAAACACAUAUUUGUGAAAGUAUACAAAAGAGAAUUGUAAAAAAUAUCGAUCUCACCACACUGAUACAGAUACUAAUAUCGCUACUAUCGAUAUUUGGAUCGACCCGCCCAGCCCUACUACUGUACUACUGUACAACUUGCAAGUGUUCCUUCUUCGUUCUUAUUAUACUUUGAAGUAAAGCAGGGGUGUCAAAAAUGUUGUCACAGAGGGCCACAUACUGAAGCAUCAAAUGAUACGAUUUUGAUAUUUAUUUUCAGUUUUGUAAAAAAAGAAAAAAAAAAGAAAAAAAAAGGCUAAAACCAAUCCAGUAUGCUAAGAAGUUGUACACAUUAAAAGUAAAAAACAGCUGCAUGUCAGCUUUAUGUUUAUCAGCAUCAAAAUGUCAACUUUUUCUGCUGCUUUUUGCUCUUUUUUUCCACUUGACUUUUUUUUUAGUCAUUAUAUUUUUAGACUGUGCCGUCAACCAAUAAAAAGUGAGCUGCAGUCCGCAAUUGUAAAGGGUGGAGUUUGCUUUCACAGGUCUAGCUAACCCACCCAUAUUUCGUAAGGGAAGCGCACAAUAAAUGAAUGCACUUAAUUAUUCAUUUCAAAAGGGUUACGGCAAGGCUGUCCGAAGUGCAGCCGGGGGGGCUGGGGGGGCCUUUGCGGCUCGCAGCUUGUUUUUUAUUGGUCGGGGCUUAUUGUAAAAAUACAAUUAAAGAAGAGCACAAAUAGCUAAAUUGAGAAAAUGUGUUUCAGACACACAGAAGCAGAAAAUGUGUCUAUGUGUGAGUCAAUCACUUUUACCCAAGCCCAACAUUGCUUUACACUUAUUUAUUUUUUUGUUGUUGCAGGAUUAAAUGACAUGUAAAACGUUGGAAGUACAUCACUUUGUACAGGGUGCCUGUGUCUGGACAUAUAACAUACAUACAUUAUACAAAAAAAGAUGAAUUUAAUUGCUACUUAAAGGGAUCGUUCGGAUUUUCUUCCGCAUCCGCAUCUUCUUCCGUGACUAAGCACUGUGGCCACCUUGUUUACGUGUGUGUUCCACAUGGGAAGAAUUGUGAGAAAUAUGGACUUUGUUUUGUACAGUCUGUUCUUUUAAACUACUGUUACUAACAUUUUACAUUUUUUGGUUUAGAAAAAUUUAAUUUGGAGCGAGUUGCACACGGUCCCUUUAAAAAUAAAUAUAAUAUAUAAAUAUAAAAAUAUAAAAAUAAAUAAAAAUAAAAAAAUAAAUUCAUACAAAUAUAUAUUUAAAAAUAGUAAUAAAAAUAUAAUCAAAUUAAAAAGAAGUUACGAUUUAUAUAUAUUAUAUUAUAUACAUUCAAUUCCUAUUUUUUUAUGUAUUUAUUUUUUAUUACAACUGUAUAAUAUAUGCUUUUUGUGUCCAGACAUGAGGGACACCCUUAUGGAACACAUGAUGAGGAAGGAAUGUGUGUAACAUACCAAACCAUACAGUAAAAAAUGCAUAUGACCAAAAGGAGGUCAUAAAGACUGCAGCAUCAACAUCAUCAUCAUCUUGGACUACCUGAGUUACACAAUGUAGCACACCCUUGUGCCUCUGAAGGAGCCGUCUGUGGAGGCUAACAGCAGUAUGUAGAAGCAAUAUGUAGCAAGUUUACCUUAAAAUAUCAGCUUUAAAAUCAUGUGUCUGUUCUUGUCAUGGUGUUGUGUGCAGUGCCUUGCCACGCUUUGUCAAAACGGAUCAAUCAAGGGUUUUAGUAGCAUGUACAUCCACGAGUUUGGAUUCAUGAACUUCCAACAAUGUCAAUGCCACACUGUCCAUAUACUGUAAGUUUAUGUUUUACAUUCAACACAAUAAUAAAUCAUAAAUGAUGUACAUGUUUUUUUAGGACACUGGCCGAUCCCGUCCUGUUGUGUCAGUCAUCUCAUCAAAUAAAGAUCGCAGCAAUGAAUGGUGUCUUAACUGUGACCUACAUCUCUGGAGAGAUCAAUCGUAAAGAUUACUGUGGAAACUAUCUACCACACAGAUUAGCAGCAAUGCACUGUGGUUGCAUACAGUAAUAUAAAAGAACAUUUACAACUGCAACAGGUCCAGCAUUAGUCGCUUCCAUAGGAAUGUGCUUCCUGUAGCAAAAUAAAACAAAUUGUUAUAUAUGUGACAACUGAAAACUAUGUAAAAAAAAAAAAAAAUAAUAAGAAGAAAUUGUAAUUUUGGAAAAAAAUGCGAACGCUUUCUUUGACGUCAAUUUCGUCACCCGGCUUCCUGCCUC